GAGAAGUCAAACAAGGCUGCUGCCGCGGUGGAGCCGAGAGAGAGGAUUCCUAUACAUGAAAUGAAUAUAAGAAUAUAAGAUAAGAUGCAUAUUGAAGUGAGAAGCAAAUCAUCAAACACCUUACCUCCAUGGAGAAGCAUGAAGUUGCAGUGAUCACUGUUCCGUUUCCUGGCCAAGGCCACCUCAACCAGCUGCUGCAGAUCUCCGCCCUUCUCUCCUCCCACGGCCUUCCCGUCCACUACGUCGCCGCCGCCAUCCACAACCGCCAAGCCCGUGCUCGCAUCAACGGCUUGAACGUCGCCCAGAUCCACUUCCACGAUCUUCCUACUCCCCCUUUCGCCUCUCCUCUUCCCGAUCCAAACUCCUCAAAGAAAUUCCCAUCGCAGCUCCAGCCUGCCUGGACGGCGUCGUUGCACCUCCGCGAACCGCUCGCCGCGUUCCUCAACGACAUCGCUGGAAAAUUCAAGCGAAUCGUCGUCGUUCACGAUUCGAUGAUGGCCGCGGUGGUCCAGGACGUCGCUUCAAUACCUAAUGCGGAAUCCUACGCGCUUUGGUGUAUCUCUGCAUAUUCUCUUGCUUCCUACUACGCCAAAGACUUCUCCUCUAUCGAAGAAGACGAUGUGCCCGAAGAGAUCCAGUAUCUCACCAAUUUACAACUGGAGCCGCUGAAAUUCAGAGCUGGAGAUCUGUACAACACCUGCAGAUUGAUCGAAGCGCCGUAUCUGGAAAUUCUACAGAGAGAUGAAGCGAUGGGGAAUCGGAGGAGUUGGGCGAUUGCUCCGAUUCUUCCGCCGCCGGACGAAAAUCAAUCUCGGAUCCGCCACAAAACCCUAGAAUGGCUCGACAAACACCAGCCGGAUUCUGUGAUCUACGUCGCGUUCGGCACCACGAUUUCGAUGUCGGACGAUGAGAUUACAGAGCUAGCUUGGGGAUUGGAGCGGAGCGGAGUGAAAUUCCUUUGGGUGCUGCGAGAUGCAGAUAAAGGCGACGUGUUCGACGAUGAGGUCCGGCGAGCUCGGCUGCCGGAGGGAUUCGAGGAGAGAGUGGAAGGCGUGGGGAUGGUAGAGAGGGAUUGGGCGCCGCAGCCACAGAUCUUGGCUCAUCCGGCGACGGGUGGAUUCAUGAGCCACUGUGGGUGGAAUUCGUGCAUCGAGAGCGUGACGGAGGGAGUGGCGGUAGCGGCGUGGCCUAUGCAUUCGGACCAACCCAGGAACACUGCGCUUAUUACCCAAGUGUUGAGGGUGGGAGUUGUAGUGAGAGAGUGGAGAGAGAGGAAGGCGCUCGUGAGAGCUGAGAGUAUUGAGAAGGUUGUGAGGAGGUUGAUGGCGUCGGAAGAAGGGUCUGAGAUACGACGGAGGGCGGAGGAGCUGGGCGCUGCGGUUAGACGGGCUGCUCAGCCCGGCGGCGCUUCUCGAGUUGAGUUGGAUUCAUUCGUAGCCCAUGUCACCAGACACUAAUCGUGACGUCACGACUCACGAGCUUAAAUUUGUAAAUCUUUGGGAAUGUGAAUAGGUAAUGAGAAAUCCGUUGGCACAAUUAUCAUCACUACUCACUAGUGCAUGCAAUUGUAAUAAACUUCAAUCUUUCGAUCUCAACUAAUUUGAUCCCUAAUCUUAUUUAAA